CACAGUUACGCGCGAAAAACAUCUCGUGCUGCGUCCACGUGAGCGCCGGGCUCUCGUGCCACUUCCAAUAUGUUAUUAGAGGAGAUGAAUGGCGCGGACGCCACAUUCCCACCUGGGACCCCGGCUGACGUCACACCGCGAGCGAGUUCAGGGCAUCACACACACCGCGCCUUGUCGGAGCAGACUUCUGCACACUUUGGUCUCCCAGUCUCCACACACGCUGCCAGGCCUGCUCCACCACCACACCUCUGCAGGGACACACUGGCAAAGAGAAGGCUGGAGCUGGAAGCCGGUGACCCCCAGGGCCUUCAUGAUGGUGACUGGACCCCCAAAAAACAGAUGGCCUCUCUGUUCGACUCAGGAGGAAAGGCUCCCGCCUCCCAUCCCAUAGCGCGCAAGUUCCUGUUCGAGAAGUCUCGCUGUGACACCUCGCUCGGCGUCCUGACGCAGAGGUUUGCUGACAUGCUGAGUCGCUCUGCUGACGGGGUGUUGGACCUGAACCUCGCCGCCCAGGAGCUCAAUGCCCCAAAGAGACGCGUCUAUGACGUCACCAACGUCCUGGAGGGGAUCCAACUCAUCAAAAAGAAGUCGAAGAACUUUGUCGAGUGGCUGGGCGGUGAUGUGAACGUGCACAUGGAUCAGGAGCUGAAAGCUCUGGUGGAGGAGGAGAGGAGGCUGGACGAGUUGAUCCAAAGCUGCACAAAGCAGGUUCACCAGCUGUGCGGGAACCAGAACACUCAAAGGUUCGCCUAUUUGACUUACGAGGAUGUCCAAAGGAUUCCCAGCCUGAAAGAACAGACUGUGAUUGUGAUCAAAGCGCCUGUAGAGACAAAACUGGAGGUGCCGCACCCAGAAGAGAGCCUCCAGGUCCACCUCAGCAGCACCCGGGGGCCCAUCGAGGCGUUCCUCUGCUCCGAUGACCCCAUGCCGAUGGAAGCCACAGACGGCUCCGGUGCCAACGGAAGCCACUUAAACUCCUCAGCCAAUAGGAACAACGCCACCCCCCUCGUGCCUUCCUCGUCCUUCGUCCAGGUGUCUUCCAAAGACAAUGCGAUCCGUACUUCUGGAGUUGAUUUUAUCUCAAGCCCGCCGUCCGAGCCGACACAGCACCCAUCACCAGUCACUGUCACCCCCGUCUCACCCAUGCACACCUCCCUCCAGCCCCACUCUGGAGAUCAACAGAGCUUUGUCACCCUCACUCCCCCUCUAGCUUUCUCUGUUGGUGGGGAGGAUUACCUCCUGAGCCUGACGGAGGAUGAGGGCAUCACUGACCUCUUCUCCUCUUUUGACCUGGAUCAAUUGCCCCUAGAAACGCCCCUUCUCUGAACAACUGCGUUUGGGAAUUUCACUAAUUUCCGGAGACAAUUGCCACCUUCUCAAAAACAGAACAUCAAGGGGACACAAUACAAGAACAGUGUGCUGUUUUUUUUUUUUUUUUUCACAUUUACAUUUUCCUGUCCUGGACAAUGUGACUGGGAUGUACUGACGCUCAGGUAUGUGGAGGAGUGACAUCUUUUCAUGGCUUCCUUGUUGUUGUCUUCAGGACUUUGGCUGACACACAUGCUGUUAUACAAAACACUUUUUAUUUUAGAGCUUUAAUCUGUUGUAUUGUUGGGGCGUCCUCAAGUGUCCUUCCUUUCGGGUGUGAGCAUUGCUGUCUCAACGCAGGACUUAUUCAUGACCGUGUCACUGGAGAGACGACGUUUUGUAUUGUUAUCACAUAGGAGCCUUGACAACGAAGCCUGGGGAUUUAGACGCCCAUUUAGUGUCAGGACGUGUUGAUUUAAAAGCAUUAAAGAUGCAAAAGUACCCACAUGUCUCGUCUUGACUUUGCUACACGGGAUGCAUGAUACUACUUUCUCUUAUACCAAUAAAGUACCUAAAGUCUGGGUGUCUGCUGAUA